AUGACCAGUUGGUUGGGGCUUCAGGAUGAAGUUGGGAUCGGAGAACGGAAGCCUUCCAAGUCAUCGUUGCGGCCAAGUUCAGCGUUAUCGUAUCAGGCUGAUGGUAAAUAUAAGUGAAAAUACUUUUUCAGUUUUUGAAAACAGUAAAAUAAUGAGUUAAUAUUGAAAAGUUCUUUAAUGUGUGACAAUCUUUUCUUGUAAAUACUAAAUUUCCAGAAACCAAAUAAAAUUUUAGAAUUACCUAAAAAGAAAAAAGUAGAUCACGCCAACUUGUAGAUCGCCUCUCCCAACGGCAUGUAGCUUUCGUAGAGCCAAAAGGUGAAGUACCUGAAGAUCACACAGAUGCCCAAAAUGAUAAAAAUUCAAAUUGGCUACCUUGUUCCAAUGUUUCCCUUGGGACCGACCCUCAAAGCGGCAGAAUCAAGUCUAUGAAGGUAUUAAAACAAUAUUUACAGAGGGCUAUAUAACACUAAUAACAAUGCCUAACAGGGAUGAACGUCUGAAUAAGAAGGAAGUAAAAAGCUAUACAACCAUUCUACAUAAAUACAAUCACAACUAUUUCUUUACGUCAAACCAACAAUAAGUAAUGGUACCUUUUCAGUGUAGUUGAUCGACGAAUCCUUAGCCGAGCACAUCUUUCACCUGAGUCCGUCAUCAGGUGGACUCUUCCCCACGAUCUCAUUAGAUAGGCGUACCGUACACAGAAACAUACUCAAUCAACAAAAACCUACAGUAUUCCAGCAUAUGGCCAAGUAAGCAUUUAAAGUACACAUUUGGUCAAAUUUUCACCAAUAAAACGCUCAAUAUCUUCCAGAUUCCAUCACAAAAUGGGUAUCCGCCAUCUUCUCCUAGUUGGAGUACUAAUAUUAUAUGCGGUGCUCGGCGGACUUCUGUUUUUGAUAAUCGAGAAAGAUGCCGAGUACAAUUCUGUCAGAAAUAACCUAGAUCAACUCAAUAACAUCACAGAUGACAUGACAGAUACCUUGUAUGCCAUAUUUCAUGUUGAUAGAAGCAACCGCAACUUUACAGAACGUAUAAAGUUGUGCAUACGGUAAGAUGGCAACUUAAAUUACCUUCUAUUUUAGUGUAGUUAUAGAGACUGGUUUUAAUACUAUCAACAACCAGUUGACAGUACGUAAUACAACUGUUAUCUGUUUCAGAGAUUACUACCAAAGAAUGCUGAAAGUAGAAGGCAAACUGAUCGGAUCAGCCUUUCAGUACGACAAUCUGGAGCCAAAGCUUAGCUGGAACUACGGUAGCGCGGUGUUUUACUCAAUGACAUUAUUCACAUCUAUCGGUUACGGGUCGAUAGCUUGUAAAACAGAUGCCGGCAAGAUUCUGACUGUCGUUUAUUCUGUAUUAGGUAUACCGUUGAUGCUAAUGGUUCUAAGCGACGUUGGUCAAGUGAUACUAAAAUGGCUGACAAUAGCUUACAACGGCGCACGAAAGAUGUAUUAGUAAGUUUUGUAAUUGCAGAGUGGAAUCCAUAUCAAAAUUACAGUAAGCUUAACACAUCAAAAUCCGAGUUACCAUACUACAGCAACAACUCCUUGGACAGUUGGGAUUCAGAUGACUCCAUAGAGCCAAAGUCCUUCCCUAUGCACCUGGCCAUACCCAUAAUCAUCGUCUACAUGCUAUUAUGCGCACUAGUCAUCAGCAUACUAGACCAAAAUGCCCAAGAAUCACCAGGAAUCUCGUUUUGGGACGCCUUCUACUACACUUUCAUAUCUAUUAGUACCAUCGGGUUGGGUGACGUACUACCAUACAAUAUUGAACAUUCCUCGCUUCUGGCUUUAAUGUUUCUGUUUGGUUUGGCUUUGCUUAGCGUUGUUAAUAGUACUGUGUACACAAGACUACAAAAAAGGUUCUUGGCAGCCAUUAAUAUGCUGGAAAGUUGGCUGGAAACGUUGCAUUAUCACCGUCACGGAAGAGAAGGCUACAUGGUAUUCAAGGCUCUCGGACCAAACCUACAAGUAAGCAAGUCCAUAAAUAGUUUUGUGACAUGCAAACGUAUACGAUACUAUUUUUUAUUGUACACCUUUAAAAAUAUAAAGAAAACCUUAACUUCCAACUUACACUCUCUUUCAGUUACUAGCCUUGGCCCUUCCCUUAUUUGACAAUGAAGAUAAGAUUGAGAGAAUGUUGGGACCAGAGAACACGGAUCUCGGCAAGAAACUAUUCAGGAGACCUCAAAGACCUAGUAGAUCACGGUCUUUGCUAGAACAAGACAUGAACAAGUUCAAACCGACUCUAGGGAUCUUCAACAUGGUACCAAGUAAACCAAGAAGAAAUCGUUCAAGUACUUUUGCUGGCAAUAUCAACCUGACAGACCUACCACAAUCAGAAUGUGACAGCAGGCAUCAGAAGCAGAUAAAGCGAUCGAACAGUGAGCACGUUACAAAGAACGUUAGGCAGUUAAAGCCUCGCACGAAGAGUGAAUUCUUGCGUAGAUAA